AUGGUAUCAACAUCCAAGUCCGAUCCCAUCGCCAUCAUCGGCGCUGGUGUCUUCGGCCUCACCACAGCCCUCCACCUCUCCAGCAACGGCUUCACCAACGUCUCCGUCUUCGAAAGAGACAACCAAGUCCCAGCCCGCUAUUCCGCGGGCCACGACAUCAACAAGAUCGUGCGCGCAGAAUAUGAAGACCCAUGGUACACUGAACUGACACUCCAAGCCAUCGAAGGCUGGAAAACCCCCCUCUACGCCCCGCACUACCACCAAACGGGCUUCCUGCACCUCGUCUCCGGCGCCGCUCCCGAAAAAGCCUCGCAGACAAUGAACCGCUUCCUCGCCUCAAUCCGCAACCACCCCACCUACAAAGGCAAACUAACCACCAUCUCCACCCCAGCCGACAUCCGCAACAUCGCCUGGCAACUCACCGGCCCUCUCCCAGGCUGGAACGGCUACUUCAACCAACUAGCCGGGUACGCGCACUCGGCCAACGCUCUCCGCGCCGUGUACGAAGCCGCCGCAGCUCGUGGCGUGAAAUUCUUCCUCGGCGAAGACAUCGGCCGCGUGACCUCGCUAAUCUACUCAUCCCCCACAAACAAGAAACAAGUAACAGGCGUCCGCACAGCCAAUGGCAAAACCUACCCUUGCAAACUCGCCGUUGUCGCCAUUGGUGCCGCGGCAUCUACUCUCGUCCCUGAAGCAGGGGGCCAAGUCGUCGCGAAGUCGUGGUCGCUGGGACAUGUCAAACUCACAGACGAGGAGACGUCCAUGCUCCGCGGAAUUCCAGUAACCUAUGCACGCGAUCUAGGAUUCUACUUCGAGCCGGAUCCGAAGACCAAUCUACUCAAGAUCUGCCCGAUGGGCGGUGGGUAUAUUAACACGGAUCCCGCGUCGGGGGUGUCGACCCCGCCGAAGACGCUGCAGGAGAGUGAGGGAGUGUUGCCGGCGGAGGAUGAGAAGAGGAUGAGGAGGUUGUUGAGGGAGUCGUUGCCGCAGUUUGCGGAUCGGCCCUUUGUGGAGAAGAAGUUGUGUUGGUUUGCGGAUACGAGUGAUUCAGAGUUCAUUAUUGAUUUUGUGCCGGAGACGGAGGGCUCGGUUGUUCUCUGUUCGGGAGAUUCGGGGCAUUUGUUUAAGAUGUUGCCGAUUGUGGGGGAUUGGGUGUUUACAUUGUUGAAGGAGAGGAAGCAGGGGGUGGGGAGGUGGAGGUGGAAGGGUGGUAAGAAGAAGGAGGGGAAGUGGGAGGGAGAUGUUAGUUGGCGUUUGGGGGAGACGAGGGAGUUUGAAGAAGUCAGACUAGCUCCGGCUCCGAAGCUGUAG